UGAAGGAGUUUUGGUAAAUGAAUGUUUUCUUCAUUUUUCCGUUUGGGAUAUGUUUUGACAAUCAAAAAAGAGAUAAGCAGAGCAAUCGACGUCAUAUACUGCAAGGGCAUUGCACAAUCAUCUUGUCCUGUAUCUCAUCAAAUCCAAAGAAACCCAUUGUGGAGUCGUCCCCCCUCCCCGCCAAACUGUCCCCACACCACCAAUGUGCAUGCCCAUUGCGAGCACAUAUCUCUUCCUUCUCCUUCUUACUCUCCCCACAAUCUUCGCCGUAGAUCCUACUGAACCACCACCACCAACAUGUCCACCAGCACCCAGUUCCCAGCCCAAAAUGGGGUUCAGAGUCCUAUGGGGCAUCGACAUCCCGCUAGGAUCGACCGCGGCGUUGCCGCUAUUAGAGCGUGUCGUCACGGCGAAUUCCGCUUGUGCCUGUGGAGAUGUCUGUGGAGUUGCGAACCAGCGAUGUGAUUGGUGGGUGUGGGAUGGGACUCUGUGUUUUUUGCGAACUUUAAAUAGGAAUGGGGUGUGUGCUUCGCUAUUCAAUGUCUUUGUUCUCUGCUUUCAUGACCGUCGAAUGACAUACUCCAAUCAAGCAGGCAAAGUACACUACGGUCUUUCUCUCGUCUCCUGACUACCCUCUCCUUGGUGACCUACCUGCCAGCUUUCCAUCCCAAAAUCUGACAACCAUCACCUCCCCACCAGACAGGGCCCCAAUUACUCUUGAAGAAUGCCUAUCCCACUGUCAAAACAUAUCUAGUUGCGCGUACAUAUCAUGGAGGAACAAGGAAUGCCAAUUGCGCUCUGGCGUCCCCGAUGCAACUAAAGUCACUGGGUUGUGGGAUCCGAGAGCGCCGUGGUCGACAGGACAAACGACACCCAAUUGGAGGGUGGUCCCAGAUGAGGCGCAUAGGGGACUUGUCCCGGGUAUUAUAGCUGCUUUGGUGGGCGCUUACAUUAUUACUGGGGCUGUGGUUGGCUACCGUUACUGGCGACGCUCAAAGCAAAACCUAGCGGUAAAUGGAGGACAGGCUUCCCUGCUUCAUGAGGAACUUCCUGUGAGGACUGCAACAGCUGUACCGUCCUCUGAUGUUCCUCCCCCGUUAGCACCCAUCCCAUUACCCAACCAUGCUGGCACUGACCGCGAAGCAUCGGAUACAAUCAUAGAAAUCCCGACCACAUAGCUCCACAUCCGAGCAUCCUUUCCCGCGUCCACACACCGCACUCAACACCUUUCGUUCACCGAUUGAAGGACUGAAUCAACAUAUUCAUAGUUUUCCGUCCCUGUAGUUUAAGAUUCGUCCCUUAAUGUAAAUAAUAGUAAAUAGGUCGUUAUGUAGUUCCUCCCCAGUGACCACAGAUUGAUAUGCCACAUCAGUCAAAAAAUUGCAGAAGAGUGCAUUUAUAAAGUGAAGUGAAGCGGCGGCCAAUGAUUGCUAGGAAGUUCAACGCCGGCA